AUGGAAUGGUUCAGCUCAAACCAUAUUUUUAUUGUUGGUCCGCCUCAUAGUGGAAAGCUAAGGGCCGUUAAGGCUUUGCUGAGACAUGGUAAGCAAGAAAUUGAUGUUGGUUUUGAAAACCAUGGCACAAUUGCUCAUACGACCCCGUUUUUAACCAAAUAUUAUAAGGUAUUAUUGAGUAUCUUGGUUGAUGAGUUUCCUGCAAAACGAGCUUGUGGUAAGUUGAACGAUGAGGAGAAGUUGAAGGAAUUUGAGAAAUGGGCAACCGAGUUUACUAGUGAAGGAAUGAAGGAGCUAAGGGAGACGUUAGUAGGUCUUUUAUUCACUGUAAAUAUAAAUGAUGAUGGUUUAGAAUAUUUAAAAGAGGCAUUACGGAUAUUUGCUGAUAUUAAAAACAAGUUUAUUGAAGAGUUUAUGUGGGAGGAUGGGUUUUGCGCUGUUCUUGGGUCGGUACCUCAAGGAGACAAAAUUGAGCGAGAAUCUGCCGUCGAGGAGAUUGAAGAUUUGGUCAUUUCGCAUGGAUUGGAGUUUAUAAAUAUGGAGGAGAGUGGGGUGAAUGCGUAUAAAGAGAAAUUGGGCAAGGACAGGUUGGUUGAAUUGAUUGAGUGUCACGAAUGGAGUAAUGCAGAGUAUUUUGAGAAUUGUCAAGAAUACAAAAAGAGAAAAAUGGUUGAAUUUGGAUUAGGCGGUAGUAAUAAUAAUGAUGAUGGUGAUGAUGAUGAUGAUAUUGAAUUAGAUGAGAAAUCACUUGCUGAGCUUAUACGUAAACUAACCAUAGUGCGCGAAAGAGCUCUAGAUAUUCCAUUAGAACAACGCAUGAGAUAUGCCGAUGAAAUGGCCGAGGAAUUUGCAGAUGUACUAUAA